UACAUCUUGCCAUAGCUGGUCACUCUGCAAUUACAUGCUGCACCACAGAAUCUCUCUCCCCCCCCCCCUCUUCUUUGAGCAGCACCACUGCUCAUAUGGCAGACCGAAAUAGAAUAGUUUCAUGUCUGUUUGGAUGGCGGCCCAGCUGAAACUAUGCUGCGCUGCUUGACUGACAGUGGGAUGUGAGCUUUUUUCUCCCGUAGAAAAAACCUUUAAGGCCAGUUACGUUUAGACGUUUAGAGCAGUCUUACUCCGGCAGGCUUCGGUGGUGGUUGGCCCCAGCUGGGCUCCAAGAAGGGAAACUGCAGGGCAAGUCAGAGACGCAGUCAGAGUGUGUGAAAGAGAGGACAGAGACAGACAGUGUGCAAGCGGAGAAGACAAGAACCUCGAGCUGAAACUAUGAACCCUCCUGGGAACACUUAAUCUUUUAGUGGCCGACCACGAGAAUGGGUGCUGAGCUGAAGUAAGAUGGCCUCUGACAGAAUGGCGACUCCUCAGAGCAGCUCCAGACAGAGCAGCUCGCUCUCUUCAUCUCCCAUGAGCACCCGGAUUCAAUCUCUCCAGGUCGACUCUGUGCAGCGAUGGAUGGAGGACCUCCGCCACAUGACGGAGGUGGAGUGCAUGUGCGUCCUCCAGGCCAAACCCAUCGGGGUGGAGGAGGACUCCCAGCAAGGAGAGCUGAUCGUGGGCGCUGGGCUCGGUGCAGGGGACCAUGUUGCCAGGAACAACCUGCAGAUACUCCUCCGCCGAGCGCUGGUGGUCAGCACUGAGCUCGGCAAGAUGUUCCAGCGGCUGGAGAAAGGACGCUGGCAGAGGGUCCACAGCACGGCCGUACGAGCCAACUGCCAUGUUCGCUCGCUGGUGCAUGAGUACAGCGCCGCCAGGAGUACCCCACCUGAGAUGCAGAAGUAUGAAACAACUUUACUGGAGAAGUGCAUGGAGCUGACUAAUAUUACAGAGAGGUGCCUUCACACCGAUGAUGAAUUCUUCCUUAAAUCCAUGAGAGAGGCCAUUCAUGAGAUCCUCACUGAUGUCAGUGACUCAUUCAGCAACAUGAUCGACAUGGCCUUAGCCAAUGAGAUCAGGGUCCUGAUCAAACAGAUCGAAUCGUCGGACAGCGUUCACAUCAUCGGCAGUGCCAUUAGCAACCUGUUGUCCCUCACACAGGACGGACCUCAGCUCUGCAGCAUCAUUGCCAAGGAAGGAGCUGUGGUGGCCCUGUUUAAGAUCUGCAGGCAGGACCGCUUUAAAGACCUCUAUGCUCACGCUCUGAGAACUGUGGCCUCCAUCUGCUGCGUGGAGGAGGGCAUCAACCAACUCGACAAGGUGGAUGGGAUCCUGUGCCUGGCGGACAUCUUGACCGAUGACAGCAGCGUGGAAGCAGCCCGGGCCGAGGCGGCGGCGGUCGUGGCUCAGAUCACCUCGCCUCACCACACGUCCACGCAGCACCUCGCCAGCUUCCUGGAGAGCAUGCACGACAUCGUCACCUCGCUCAUCAAGUUGUGUGAGAGCGCCUCCUGUGGUGAGGUGUUCCUCCUUGCGUCCGCAGCCUUGGCCAACAUCACCUUCUUUGACAGCAUGGCCUGUGAGAUUCUCCUGCAGCUCAACGCCGUCCACAUCCUGCUGCAGGCCUGCAAUGACAGACAGAGGGUCGACACACCCUACUCCAAAGACCAGGUGGUGACCAUCUUGGCAAACCUCUCAGUCUUAGAGCAGUGUGCAGCUGAAGUCCUGCAGGAGCAAGGAACAGAGCGAUUGCUGCUGCUGCUGGGAGAGAAACCAUCCUCCUCCAGUCCAUCAGAGGGCGCCGCCUGCGAGCGUGUCCAGCAGAAAGCUGCCGUCACUCUGGCCCGUCUUAGCAGAGACCCUGAUGUGGCCCAAACAGCCAUCCAGCUGAAAGCGGUUCCUCUUCUCAUUGAGCUGUGUCGUUCCCCUACUGAGAGAAAUAACAGCGACUCAGUGCUGGUCGCCUGCCUGGCUGCCCUGAGGAGACUGGCAGCAGGGUGUCCAGACAGCAUCGAGGCAGCGGACCACCAGCAGCUCAUCAAACCGCGGCUGGUCGACUCCUUCCUGCUGUGUUCUAACAUGGAGGAGAGCUUUGUAUGACGGCCUGCACACUCAACACAGAGAGCGGAGUGCUGAGCUCGUGUACCAGAUCAUGUACAUAUAAUGUUUCAUGACACAGAGACGACUAAAGAGCAGGUUCACUCCAAAACAUUCUGAGUGAGAAUUUGUUUUUCCCCCAAAUUUUCUCCUGGACCCUUUGGAUUUGGGUAAACGGAGCGAAGCUGCAGCAUGUCAGCUUGAAUGGAUGCAGAUAUGUAAAAUGUACAGACACGUUCAGCCGAGUGCAACUCAGUGGCUGCAUUAAAUCCAAGGAAUGUGUGCAAGUUCAGUAGUUAUUUUUUUGAUAGUGGUUAUUCAGUCAUUAUUGUGUAUGAGUGGGUGCUACUCUUUGCAAAAGGAACGUACAACCUGUUGUGAAUGAAACACUUUAUCUGUUACCACUGUGGAAUGUUUUUGUUCUUGUCUGAAGAUGUUGUAUCCAAAGCAUCUCAACUAUCUGAGAACAGGGGACGAUGUCGACUUAGCGAAGUGGAUAAUACAGUAAAAUGCCUCCGUUCAUCGUCUGAAGCAUUAACCAUUGAUGGUGUUGGUCUGAAUUAUUUCCUCUCAACUCUUCAUAAGCAGGUUUGUAAAGAAUAUGUUUUCAAUCAGCCGCCACUUUAUUCAGUCAACUCUUUAAAACUAAAUUAUUACAGUUAGAACUAUUAUGUGUUUUCAGUAUGUAUGUUAUCUGUGUAUAUUAAUUGACAAGGCACUAUUAGUAUUUAAUUUUUUAACUGAAGCAUGGUCUAUUUGCCCUGGUGUGGAACAUAUUGUCUCAUAAAGAGCUUUGAAUGGAAUGUUGAACUUCAUUUUCCAUAAUCUCAAUCAUGACAUAUUUGCUACUCGAAAAUGAAUCUUUUUUAAAAAGUCUUUGGUUUGAAUAUAAAGUUGCAUUUUAUUUAAAUAGAAUUACCAUUAUUGUAUGCCAUUCAUGGAAUAAAGGCAAUCAUCCAUCUAAAGCUCAGUGUGUUUCAUCAUAGUCAAUUACUGCCUUAUGAAGCCUUUUUAAAUGUUCCAUGAGAACAUGUGCAUUUUACUUUUGGAAUUGAAAACUUUGGGCAAUACCUUGGAACGCAUUAAUAAUUUGAUUGAAUAAACGUUUUAGGGAUUUGUUGAAUUGCAUAGUACUGAUGAUGAUGAUAAUAACUAACUUGCUCACAUUAUUCUCACAAUAUUAGAAAUCAUUUACUAAUAAAGGCUGUAGGUAGAUUCCAGGCUCAGUGAAUACUGAUCAGCUGAACAUUGGCUGGUAUAUGGAGAUUAUGUUUCACUCCUGUCCAUCUGUUUCUUGGUUUGUUUGUAAGCAAGAUCACACAAAAAUAACAAUGGAUUUCCACACAACUUGGUGGAAGGAUGAGACACGGGCCAACAAAGAACUCUUGGUGUCGAUCUGGAUCACGGAUCCAGGAUCCAGGAUCCAGGAUUUUAUUUUCACUUUCUUUAACAUUGCAAAAUUGGAUGGGUUUUAUCAUUUUCAACAUUUUCCCAGAGAUUAAUUCAUGGAUCUGACGAAAACAUCUGGCACAUCCAAUGAGCUGAUGGUGCAGCUUGAUUGAAUUAAAGGAGACUACUGAGAGUUAAUUCUGAGCCAUCAGUAAUAUUAAAUAAAACUUAAUUUUAAAAUCUU